AUGCUGACUUGGGAGCGGUGGCUUCUCGGCUUCAAAGUGACGCACUGGUUCGGCCGCAGAGUCGCUCCAUGUCCCGGGGAAUGUGACAGCGGACUGCGGGUGUCUUUCUGUCAGCUUUGUGGUAAUGGCGGCGGUGGUAGUAGCGGCCCUCCUCCCCGCUGGCUCGCUCGCUCAGUCGGUCAGGCCCUGGUUCUUUCUCUCUUCUUUUCUUUGGGAAAGGCAGCAGCGGUGGAGACAGGCAGAUCACCCAGCGGCGCCCUCACUCACUGCAGCAGGAGCGAGACCUCUAUAGCCCCUGCUUUUGCUUUUUUAUGA